CUUCCGUCUGACUACACGUCUGACUGAUACACCAUUCCGCCGAUCAUUCGUCGCUGAGACAUUUGAGCGGCCGGUCUAUUGAGUUGAAGAGACAACUACCGAGCAUCUGAAUCAACAACUGUUGCCUGCUCGAUCAGGAGACAUAUAUAUUCAACUAGAGUGUACAUCGGCAAGACUGGAGUACCGCAUAAGGGGAUGUCGCUGGCUGCAGGACCCGGACGUGGCCACGUCGCCGUCGGCCAGCUACCAGAAGAGCUGAAGCUUGUAGUCGACAAGCACGUGGCCUACAUACAGAGUCUGGAUACUCGCAAGGAUGAGCUGGAAUACCAUCUGACCGAGCAUCUGCGCAUCGGAGGCAUCUACUGGGGUCUCACAGCGCUUCACCUGCUCGGCCAUCCCGAUGCCCUACCACGUGAAGGCCUGAUUGACUACGUUCUUAGCUGCCUUUGCGAAAGCGGAGGCUUCGGCGCUGCACCCGGACAUGAUGCGCAUAUACUCUAUACCGGCUACUCCGUGCAGAUACUCACCAUGAUCGACGGAUUCGGAGCGCUAGAAGAGCGAUUACCAGACUGCAAGCAGAAAAUCGCACGCUUCGUAGCGAGCCAUCAACAACCAGACGGCACCUUCGCCGGCGACGAAUGGGGGGAGAUAGACACGCGCUUCCUAUUCAGCGCCCUUUACACCCUCUCCCUACUCGGCUACCUUCCUCACCAACGACCCAGCGAACCCCCGCUUAUCAAUCUUCCCGCAGCAACAGCGUAUAUCAAAGCCUGCCAAAACUUUGACGGGGCCUUCGGCGUCUCACCAGGUGCCGAAUCCCAUUCCGGUCAAGUCUUCACCUGCGUGGGAGCCCUCUAUAUAGCCGGCGAGCUGGACUCCUACCUGGGUGAAGAAGGCAAAGACCGGCUCGGCGCAUGGCUCAGCGAACGUCAACUGCCCAGUGGUGGCUUGAACGGACGUCCGGAGAAGCUCGUCGAUGUUUGCUACAGCUGGUGGGUGAUGAGUAGUAUGGCCAUGAUUGGGAGGCUGCACUGGAUCGACAAGGCGAAGUUGACAGCCUUUAUCUUGCAGUGUCAGGACCCGGACGAAGGUGGGAUGGCUGAUCGUCCGGGCGAUAUGGUGGAUGUCUUCCACACAGUCUUUGGUGUUGCUGGGCUGAGUUUGCUGGGCUAUCCGGGGCUGGUGGAAGUGGAUCCUGCUUACUGUAUGCCCAGGCAUAUCACUGCGCAAAUAUCGAAGUAGUCUGUGGUGCGACAACGUGAACUGAGCGCAUAAGGUUCAGCAGAUCUGCAGAUCCGGACCCACAAGGCUAAGAAUUGCGGCUUGCUGGGGAAGGCACGUAAGAUAAGUGCUUCUGCCUAUGCAUACUCUGUUGACCAGGAAGCAUGCAUUGCUUGCAUCUCUUGCC